UACAGUAACAGAUGGACUUAGAGGGAUUACAUGAUUCAGGAUGGGUUUGUGAAAUAAAUUCCCAAGAAAGACAGAAAAGAGAGUAGAGUGGUGUGGAGACAGACACUCAGUCGCUCCAUCAAUCUUGCAUCUCCGUCCGACUAUUGGCCGGGAAGAUUAACGGGGGGAGUGCAGCUGGAGAGGUAAGGGUCACUGAUGCUCAUCCUGGAGGAGGAAUACUGGUGACAGACGCAGAGGGAAAAGACGAAGAGGGUGGUGACACAGAGCAUCCGUUCAAGAUGGAGCAACUAAAAUCAACCUCUUAAGGAGCUUUUUGAUUAAGGAUAACCAAGGAUUGUAGAUUUAGAGGAUUGCAAGAGGUGACAACUAAAAGUGUUGUUUUACUGUGGUAGUUACCUCAUGUUUGAUCUGAAGCACUACAAGCGACAAGAAGAAGGUCUUUGGUAGAGGCUGUGGGCUGAUAUUGUGGGAGGCAUUGCAUGAGAAAGACAGAGUCAGCAGACAUGAGUCCAGCAGUGGAAUGAGUGUCAGGGUCAGGCCUGAGUGUGUUAAUCAGGAAGCAGGGAGAUAUUAGCCUGACUCACAGGAUUACUUAUUCCUCCAUAACCCCUCUUUACAAACACAGGUGGAGGACUUAUGUGACCUCAGGUAGUUUUAUGACUCAAGGGCCAUUCAACAAAGUUAGAUGUCACCAUAUGGACACCCUGGUUUUAGCCUUUAUGUGUCCCAUUCAACCAUUUAAUUUCUCUGUCUUACCAGGCGAUGAAUUGCGUUUAAGGAUGUGCUCUAUCUCUUUAGAUAUACAACUCUUAAUGAUAAAUUCUAGUAUUUUUAAAUGACCUUAUGCUUUCUCGGUUUAGUCACACUGAUCUAAGUGCACACAAGGGGGUCUACAGGUGCUGAGGUCAGGGGAUGUAUGGCCACAUCAGUCACCACAGGGAUCAAUAGGAGGAUAUCACAUUAAAGCUGUCUGGCCAGCAUACUGUUGUGUCCUUGCAUCCCACUGUUCUCUCCCAGUGUGAACCAUCGUCUACCUAAAUCCCCUCUUGUUCAUUUUUUUGGUUACAUCCUUUUUUGUCCUUUCCCACAUGUAUCAACUUCAGAGCAUCUUAUCCCACUCCCUCCCCUCUCGCUCUCUCCAUUUUCCUCUCUUUUAAUCACGCUGGCUUUACAGUAUUCGCUCUUCUAUCUGUACUAUUACAUCACGUUUAUCUUUGCUUUCCAUUUAAACCUGGCAGCUCAUCACCUCUUAAAACCACCCCAAAGCAUCUGUCCUACCCUCCCGGCUCCAUCUGUGACUGCAGUCAUACCCUCUGUCCCAUUUGUCCUUUUCCCACGUGCAGUAUCCCUCCCUCCCCCUCUCUUUGGCCUCCACCCUGCCUCCCUCUUCUGUGUGGCCAUGCUGGAGCGUAUGUCCCGUCGCUCUCGCUCCCUGCUCUCCCUGACCUUGACCACUCUGGCUCUGGCCCUCUCCAUCCUGGCUCUUUGCACCUCUUACUGGUGCGAGGGCACUCACAAGGUGGUCAAGCCCCUCUGCCUGUCGCCUGUCAAAAUGAAGAACUGUGGUCAGAACAACAGCGAGCCUUACACCACAGAGAGUCCCACUCAGAACCCCUUCAACCGCACACUGUCUCCAGCCAGGAGGGACGAGCUGGCCAAGAUCAGACAGAGGCAGCUGGCCAAUGCGGUUCACUACAUCUGGGAGACAGGAGAAGACAAGUUUGCUUUUAGAUACUUCCACACCGGUUUCUGGGAAAGCUGUGAGAAACACAGCGAUGGGGAGAAAUGUCGAAGUUUUAUAGAGUUAACACCUGGAGAAACACAAGGUGUGCUCUGGCUGUCAGUUAUUUCAGAGUUUACAUACAUUGGCCUGCUGGGGAUGGGCUUCUUACUGAUGUGGCUGGAAGUCUUGUGCUCCCAUAAAGAGAUGCACUCGCUAAAAAUCAAUGCCUAUGCAGCAAUCUGUACUGUGUUAUCAGGUCUUCUUGGGAUGGUGGCCCAUAUGAUGUACACCACAGUAUUUCAGAUGACAGUCAUUGUGGGCCCCAAAGACUGGAGGCCUCAGUCCUGGGACUACGGCUGGUCAUUUGCUCUUGCCUGGGUGUCCUUCAGUUGCUGUAUGGGGGCCGCUGUGGUCACACUCAACUCCUACACAAAGACCAUCAUCGAGCUCCGUCGCAAACAGAGGCUCCGUUUGGAGGAAGCAAGAGCCGCCACUCAUGCUCCUUCCUAUGACGAGGUCGUUCCAGGUGGCGGGCUCUACUCUGUCAGCGGCCUAUUGCAGUGUCCAGACGGCAUGAUUGACAUAGCGUGGGCCCCAAAUGGCAGUGUGGUUGGGGUAGGAAAUGGGGAUGUACCGACAUUGGUUUUAGUAGGAGGCUGUGGGCCAGAGGGGUGUGAAGACUGUGAGAGAGAGAUGGAUGAGAUGGAGGAUGCCAUGGACCGAGUUGAUUCACCUUGUUAGGGGAUCAUUUACAUCCAUCAACUAAAAGGGCUGAAAAACUGACAGAGGAAGGACACCUUCACCGUGCUGGAGAAGGAUCAAUGUGAGCAAACUUUGACUUUCAAUGAAGUUGGGACAUACUCAUUGCGCUUGAAGGCCAGUGAAAUCAAUACAUAUCAAAAUGUAAAGACUGCAGUCUAUGCAUAGGUCACACUGACAUGCAAGACAGCAUGUUUUCUGGGUAUUUCUCAGUGCCUCAUGGUAGGAAAGUCUCUAUAUGUAAAAGCAUAUAAAUGUUUAUAUUAUUUUAUUGUUUAUAUAUUAACAUGCAAUGCAUCAGGACAACAUGAUCAUGUCAUUGCAUAGAUGGGAUGGAUGCUUCUUCUCCUGUUGAUACCUAAACAGAACAACCUGUCCUUUAGAGUAAAUAUACAAUAUAUUCUCAUUUAUCUGUGGGACAUUCAAUAUGUUUCAUGUUUUUUCAAGCUCUUCUCUCUCUUGUGACAAACCUUUGACAGAUACAGCAUUUUGAUGCAAUGCAUGUAUACCAGAAGCUACAAACAAACACAGUCUCUCUGCAGAUGCACAGACAAACCCAUACGAAAGACACAUAGAGAUAGAAAGAUUACAGAGAUUUUGAAAAGUCUGCUCUCUGAUGUUGAACAGAAGAUUAUGUGUAAACCAGUAAUCCUGAGUUGGAUGGAAAGUGAGGAGAGAUGGAAGGCAUGUGAAAGGAUGGAGAGGGGUGGAGGGGGGAGCGGGUUGGGGGGUGGGGGGGGGUGCAGAAUGAAAGUUGGAAAGAAACGCAGGCAUGCACACCCACAGACUGCACACACACACACUUCUGCACCAUGAAAACAUCACACAUUCAGGGAAAUAAUUGUUUCAAAAUGGAUAUUACAUUCUGGCAUUUACUGUGUUUAACGUACAACAACUUCUAAAGCUAAAUAAAUGUACCUACAUUUACCUUAAAUGUCUGUAGGUUAUAUAUAUUAUAUAUAUAAUCCUGGAUUUAUUGUCUGGAAUAAAUACAGUUGAAAACUUAA